AUGACACUUGACAAAGUGGAGGAGCCAAACGAUCGAGUAGCAGCCAUUCCCAAGCUUGCCGUGUCAAAGCUAGCCAAGAGUUAUCACCAUCGGUGUGAGAAGCAUGUCAAGCUUGUCGCGUCCAAAUCGAGUGCUGCAUCAGGUGCGACGGCGACGACUGUGGGUCUAUUGAAAGAAGCACACUUUCAGCGUGGAUAUCAGUUUGAGGAACAAGUGGCAGAGAGCUUUGGAGCAAAGCUUGUGGAUCAUACCCAUACACCACCCAGCAUGAGCAAACAAGCUUUACGCGAUGCACAACCUGGCCAAGUCUUAUACCAGCUGACCUUCGAGAUGCCAUCCAAGUUUUAUCAAGAGGAAGCAGGAAACGCGUAUCAUCUGGGUCGUUUCAUACCGGAUUUCUUGUUCGUUCACAAGGAUACUUCAUCCAGCACCGGCAAACGGAUUUGUAUUGUGGAUGCCAAAUCAUCAAAAGCCAUGAAUACAUCACAUCAGUUUCAAGUUGCAUCCUAUGCUUAUCUGCUCGGCUACAUUGUCAAAGACGUCCGCAAUAUUCGUAUCGAUGCUAUCGGCGGUGUGCUUUUACCAUUCAGCAAUGAACCUGAAAUGUUUCGUGUGGACCUCUUGUUGCCCAAGAUCGAGCUAUUUUACACGCGAGAGUUACCCGACAUUGUGCAGGAUAAGCAACUUCAUUGGCUAUUCAAUUCCAAGUGCAAGAAUUGCGAGUUUGUCAACAUUUGUCGUGAAGAUGCUUAUGGGACCCCUGGAGCCGUGCCCUAUCUUACUGAAGACCGCUUGAAGACAUUGUCACCACCCGACGACAUUAGUGACAUUGAAGAUCUUGUUGGCCAGCUUUCAUCAUUGACUAUCCAAGAGAAGAGGGAAAGGGCUGUUCCAUCAUUCAUGGCAUCUGAAACAGAAUAUUCGGAUUAUGCACUUGCUUAUCAAACCCAGAAACCACAGUUUCGUGGCAACCCCAUUGUUACACUAGCCAAGUCAAACGAUCAUGACAUCUUCAUGAGUCUUAUGGUGGAUCCAAUGUAUUCUCGCGUGUGUGCCUAUGUCAUUUGCGUAUACGACUUCCAAUCAAGCACUUGGUGUGAGGACCUCGAGGCAUCUUUUCAUGUGCCAGCAGCCGCACGUUCCUAUUCACGAUUCAUUGAAUUGGAUGCAAAGAUGGUACAAGACCUUGCCAAGGUGCUCUCUUUCAUGGAAGCCAAGGAAUCCCGUUGCACCAUAUUUGUUUCCUCCAAUCAAGCCAAGGAUCAGAUUCAAAAAUGCUGCCUUCGCGUAACGACAAUGGAUACGACUGAUGAGGAGGAUGCUGUUGUGGAUCAGGAUAUUGUUCAGAAAGCAAUGGAUUGCUUAUUGGCUCUUUUCCAAGAUUCCAAAAUGCUUGCUAUUCCUGGUAUUGCCGAUUUCCCUGCAAGUUUGGAGCACAAAGUACUUGCACCUCUCCUUGUUGACGUUGAGCAGCUUGUACGUGAAAAUGUGGCAUUGGGUGUUCCUGGAUUUUAUUCACUCAAGAGUAUGGCGCGUUGGAUGGCACCGGAUCAUGAGCCAAAAAGUGAUGAUGACCUGUAUCAGGAAUGGCACACAGCAACAAGCGACACCGUCAUUGAUGAUCUUCUCAUGGAGCAAGCUGACAUGUUGCGUGCCAUUGUCGCCAAGUAUCGAGACCUUGCGUAUUACUAUGAGGAUAUUACAGGAGACGAGAUCUACUGCAUCGAGAAUGCACCUUUCAUAUGGCCCAAGACUCAGCACUUUCGAUCUAGCACAUUUGGUCGCCUUGCAUUUUUCAAGAUUAUGGAAUGUCUUUCAGGCUGCAACAAUGUGCGUUCUUCACGACUUUUGGAUCUUGCCAAAACCUCUUCUUCGGGCAAUCACGGGAUCAAAUUGCAGUUUAUGGAUUAUGAGAUCAUCCCCAAACCUACCCCAAAGAAGCCCGACAACAAGCAGUUCUUAUGCUGGUUCAAGGCUAUCCCUGAAGGACGUGUGCCUAUCAAGAUAUUGACCGACAGCCUUUCCAAAAACACCAUGAGGGAAUACAUUCUAGUGUGUGAUGAUCGUGAGGGAAUGAUGCAAGCGGCAAAGUUCCCGGAUCUUGCAUUCCGCGACAAGAUGUUCUUCAAGUACGGCAUCAACUCUGUGAAUGUGAAUUCGGUGUCAGACGACGGCUUGAGUGUUGUAUUGGAAGGCUAUACCGGAUCACCCAAGUUGGAAAAGCUUCAAUACUAUCGUCUCUACAAGCGCUAUGUUGAUUUCAAUACGGAUAAAAUCCUUGAAGCCAUGUCAGAAAUUGAUCAGCGUGAGAACAGCACAUUCGAGCAACUUGUUACGGAUCCCAAUGCAUGGGCUGAUACACUAUUGGAUAAUGAGGAUGCUGUGUCUUCGGAUGCACGAGCAACUGCUUUACGCCUUAGAGAUGAUUUCGCCAUGUCACCAUCACAAAAAGAUAUCUCUGCACAGAUCAUCCAGAAGCGUCUUCAAAUCGUUUGGGGUCCACCCGGAUCUGGAAAGACUGAAUUCUUAGCAUUGUUCAUCAACUGGUACAUUAUGCAUCUCUUCAAGGAAACAUCCAGCAAGGAUCGGUUCAUCAUUGGUGUUACAGCAUUCACUCGACAUGCAAUUAUGAAUCUAUUGAAGCGGAUAGCCACCGUACGACAACGACAUUCUUGUACAGAUUCAUUUACUAUCAUCAGCAUGAAAGGGUCUGACGAUUCUCACGAGGUCAACGACAAUGAAAUGAUACAAUGCAAGGCGAAGGAAUUGAAAAAGUGCAUCAACAACACACAAAAGGGCCCAUUGGUCGUAGGCGGCACCGUAUGGGAUUGGUACAAGGUCAAGAACGAAUGGAGAACAUGGCGCGGAUGCAGCAUGAUGAUCAUUGAUGAAAGCUCACAGUUGCUUGUAUCAGAUGCUGCAGUCGCUGUUGACUGUCUUAACCAAAAGCAAGGGCGUUUGAUCAUCGCCGGGGAUCACAUGCAACUCGGCCCGAUCCUACACAACAAGUACCCGAAAUUACCGGCCACCGAUCUUUUGUUAUUUGGAUCCAUUCAGCAAUGUCUUAUGCGUACUGAGGAUAACAAGGCUAUCCCACCCCAAGAAUUUCUCUUGAGAAAAGGCACCACCCAUGACUUUGGUCGUAACACCAUCCAACUCAAAGAUAAUUGGCGUAUGAACGAGGAAUUGAAUUCGUUUUUCAAACAAGUCUACGGCGACGAUUUAGCGGCACAUUAUCCAAAACGCAUCUUGCAGCAUGAUUGGCAAAAGUUAAAGAUGGGCAACGUAUCACAACUUCAGGCUGCAUUGGAUCCCAAGAAAUCAAUCUCGCUUGUAAAAAUCAGCAUGGAUGACAAUGAUGACGAGGAGGAAACUGAAGAAGAAGUGGAAGCAAAAGUCAUUGCCAAGCUUGUUCAUGCUCAUCUUACAACACGGGUGGAGUCAACUGCCACCAGCAAAAAGCCGCACGUGAUGAUUGUCACACCCCAUCAUCGUCAACGCGUCGCUGUGGAGCAUCAACUUGAACAAUGGGCAAUAGCAUCAAAAGACCAGGUGACCGUGGAUACCGUGGAAAAGAUGCAAGGGCAGGAAUCUGAGUUGGUGAUUGCUUGCUUUGCCUUUAAUGAUGUGGGUGGCAACAAGAUUGAUUUUCUCCUCGAUUUCAAACGAUGGAACGUAGCCAUUUCGAGAGCACGAUCAAAAGUCAUUAUCGUCACCACCGAUUACAUGCUCAACUUGCCCAAAAACAAAGGACAUAACGCUUUGGAUCUUUUCGAGAAACGGGAGAGUGCAGAGGGAUGGGGUUUUGUAUGUCUCUUGCAAGAUUGGGCGAAAAAAGCCAAUGCAGUUGUAAAUUGGUCAAUAAACGAGUGA